UAGUGUUCUGUGUUAGUCAAACGGCAAACCAAACGAAAUAGAAGAAUCGGCGGUAGAAUUAAUUCGUUUUACUAUUUAAAGUUUUGUCAAAUCUAAACUGUUGUAUAAUCAAAUCUGUUGUAAUUAAAAAUCAUGCUUGUGUAAAUAAAGUGUAUAUUGUAAUUAAUUAUCAGUAGAUAUACUUAGUUAAAAUGACUGGAAGAGGACGAAAAGCGGCAGCGCCGAAGAAAAAAGCUAAUGGCUACAAAAUGCCAGCACCAAUUCCAGCAGGAGAAGUAAUUAAUGAUACGAUAGCUAAGAAGAAAUGGAGAAUCGGCCCUUCGAUUGGAGUCGGCGGAUUUGGGGAAAUAUAUUCAGCGUGCAAUCAUGAAGCCUCUCCGAAAAAGGCAUCUGAAUAUCCAUUCGUCGUUAAAAUAGAACCUCAUGAAAAUGGACCAUUGUUUGUAGAGAAGCAUUUUUACAUAAGAAAUGCUAACAAGGAUGACAUUUCCAAAUUCAUGAAGGAAAAGAAGUUAUCAACAUUUGGCAUGCCAAGUUACUAUGGAAAUGGCUCACAUACCUUCAAAGGUGAAAAGUACAGAUAUUUAGUCCUAGAAAGAUAUGGCAAAGAUGUGUGGAGUAUAUUUAAGGAUUCUGCACGAUCAUUUCCACCAACUACUGUUUUUCAAAUAGGACUGCAAAUGCUGGAUGUGUUAGAGUACAUUCACAGUAGAGGCUAUGUGCAUGCAGAUAUUAAGGGAGCAAAUAUUCUAUUAGGACUUAAGAAGGGAACAGAGAAUCAGGCAUAUCUGGUUGACUUUGGUCUGGCGACACGGGUAAAUGAUAAAGAGUUCAAACCUGAUCCGAAGUGUGCUCACAAUGGCACCAUUGAGUAUACAAGCAGAGAUGCUCAUUUGGGAGUAUCAACAAUGCGUGGAGAUCUGGAAAUCUUGGGGUAUAACAUGCUUCAGUGGAUCGUUGGGGAACUUCCUUGGGAAAAGGUUCUGUCCCAACCGAAGACAGUGCAGGGAAUGAAGGAAGCCUUUAUGAAGAAUGUUCGUGCUGAAAUCACUAAGAAAUAUGAUAAUGUACCUGAUCAGUUAAUAAAGUUUUUUGAAUAUAUAAACAAAUUAAAACCAAAAGACCCGGUCGAUUACACAAAAUGCAGACAACUGUUUGAAAGCUACCUUAAAACCGAGGGAAAGACGAAAUCGAGCAAAUUAGAAUUCGCAUCGAGCAAGAAACGGAAAGCGACAAAGAAAAAUAAUAUAGUAGAUGAUGAAAGCGACGUAAAAGCACCCGAAAGCGAUGAAGACGGCGAUGACAACGCUGAUGAAUGUAAACCGAAGAGGAGAACAACGAAGCGUAAUGGUGUAGUUAAAACAAGAAGUAGAAAAAAGAAAGAUGAAAAUACGGAACCGGAUAAAAAUAAAAGUUUAACUUUGAAAAGAAAGUCCCUCGAACCUUCGUUCGUUGUGAAAGUAAAACGAACAAGAAUGGCUCCAAAGGCCACGCCCCCCGCGAAACAGAAUCACACGAACAUUUCAACGCAGACGUCGGAAGAAAAAUCUAAGAAAAAUUUGCGACAGGUGUCAUUCGACAGUCCCAUUUGUGCUGUCAUCGGUGAAAACAAAGCUGACUCCAGCGGAGACAUCUUCGAUGAUUCCUUCACUAUUGAAAAUAAAAAGGUGAAGCCGAAACCAAAAAGGCGUUUGCUGUCAGAUGAAGAGGUAACUGUCACAAGGGUGGUCAGGCGGAAGGUGACCGCGACCAAGGCUAAAGGCCGCUCGUGGAAGGACACGGCUGCAGUGCUCAACGGAAGGUCACCGCCCAAGGCAUAAGGGUGUGGUAUUUCGGCGACUGUUUUUAA